AUAUCCGAACAUCCAUAUCGGUAGCCAAUAUACCCCUCUCCGGCUCAUCCACCAUUCACAAAAUCCACUCCAACGGCAGCCGGCCGCCGCCAGCCCGUCACACCACCACCGGCCAGGCGGAGGCGGCAACCGCGGCACCGCCCAGAAGCCCACCGGCACGGGCCACGCCGCCAGGGGCCACCUCCACAAGUCCACAGCUCCACUCAUCGUCUCCUUCAGUCCCGUGUGAACCCGAGCCCGACCACUGGUCCACGUCCAUCGCCAUCGGACCACCGCCACACGGCCACCGACCCUCGCCUGCCAGCUCCAGCAGUCCAGCUCGUCGCCUCUCGCAGCCUCGCCUACCGACCUGCGUGCCGCUCGUGUCCGACCCGAAAUUUCGGGUAAACCCGAACGCCAUCCCAGCCAUUCACCAGUCCCGAAACAAGAGAACGGAGACGCAGAAGCGGUGGAGCCUCCAGCCCGUGCCGAAGGGGAGAAGCCCUACUAUGCGCUCCCAUGGCCGCCUGCGUGCUGGGCCUAGCACCUACUCUCGUUAGCAUGUGGCCCCUCCGGUGCGCUACCGCUUGCUCCGCCGCUACAGAGGCCUCCACCACGGCCGCUCAUGCGUCGCGUCGCGGCGUGGGCGCGGUCAGCUCGGCUCUGUCCGGUCUUCGAGGAAGGCACUCCUUAUCUUCGGCGCAAUUCAUGGAUGGUCUUAGAAGCAAUCUUCAAGUGGAAAGGAACCUGACACUUUCCCCAAAGUCACCAAUGUCUCGUAGUGAUGAUUCAGCCAUAACCUGUAAAGGAUUCUGUACAAUAUUAUGGAACCUGAAAGCAGAUUUACAAGAUGGGUGCUUAAUAUUCAUAACAGGAGACCCGCUUACCCUGGGCUGUUGGGAAUCCAACAUGGCUGUUCAGUUGGCUCCUUCUGUUGAAAGCAAUAAUAUAUGGACAGCUGAAAUAAAGGUACCAUAUGGAGUGCAUUUCAAAUAUAGUUAUUUUGUUCGAGAAGAAAUGAGUUCCUCUUCUGAUAUUAUAUGGAGGCCAGGUCCAGUAUACUCCUUAUCAAUACCUUCAGAUGGCCAGAAAAAGCAGGUUAUUAUUGUGAAAGACCUAUGGAUGAAAACCAGUCUACCAGGUCUUCCUACUCCUACAUGGGGAUCAUGGCUGAUGGAAGCUGAUUCUCUUGAAGGUGAACUUUUUGAUGGUGGAAAUAACCAGAACAUUGUGAAAGAUCACUCUGUCAGGGAUACACGGAAUCAAGGCUUAUCUGUAGGUGAUCAUAUUAUAUUGAAGCUUGGGAAUGGCACACCAUUACAUGCAAAACUGUUGUCGGAUAAUCAAUCUACCAUCAUGCACAACUGUGUAACUGAAAUACCAAAUGCCAGUUAUAUAAGCCAAUAUGGAAGGCCUCAAGUCGUAGAGGAGCCAUGGAUUCUUGAAUCAAUUGUGUCUGCAAAGAAACCAGUUGCAAAAGUCAAAGAUAAGAAAGGGCAAAAGAAGCUUGUAAAUUAUAAGCACACUUUGAGUGGAGUUAGUAAAAACAUGCAUGAACAGUAUCAGCCUGUUGAAGAGCCAUGGUUAUUUCAAUCUAUAUUGGAACUAAAUGAAACUAUAGUUCUUGCUGAUGGAAAAGUAGAAGCAAGGGACAUUAUCAGAAAAUUAAGGAAAAUAGAAAAACCUUUAACGCCUUUGGAUGAGAGUAAACCGACUGGUGGUGAACCGUCAUCAAGAGUUAUACUUAUGAAUUCCUCUGUCUGCACUAUGCAGAGAAUUGCAGUAUUAGAAGAUGGAAAACUAGUUGAACUCUUGCUGGAACCCAUCAAGAACAAUGUACAGUGUGAUAGUAUUUAUCUAGGUGUAGUAACAAAGCUCGUUCCUCAUAUGGGAGGAGCAUUUGUAGAUAUUGGAAUUUCAAGGCCUUCACUUAUGAGCAUAAAGCAAAACCGAGAUCCUUUUGUGUAUCCUCAAGUUUUUAAGAACCGAGGAACAGAUCAUGUUGGUGAUUAUUGUAAUGAAGAGAACCUUCCAGCUUAUGAAAACGAUGAUGAUAUGAGUGACGACGAAUUUGCAGAUGAAGAAGCUCAUGAUGGUUCAUCAUUUCCAGUUGAGAAUGUUACAGAUAACAAUGUCGAUGAUGAUGAAGUUGACAGCAUUUCUGUUUAUGACGUAGACAAAGAUGAAGAAAAUGACCACAUGGAAGAUGAAUAUAGUGAGGGCAUACUGCAAGGAUAUCAAUCAGAAAUUUCCAAUGAUCUCAAGACUUUAUCUUCAAUUCAGCAUGCUUUAAGAGAAUCUAAUGAUGACACAAAUGGAAGCAGAUGGUCUCAAGUUCGCAAGGGCACAAAAGUAAUGGUUCAAGUUGUCAAAGAAGGAUUGGGUACGAAAGGUCCAACACUUAGUCCAUUUCCAUGCCUGCGAAGCCGAUUUUGGAUAUUGGUUUCCCGUGGCAACAAAGUUGGGGUAUCCAAAAAGAUUACUGGAAUAGAACGCACCAGGUUAAAGGGCAUCACAAAAUUACUGCGACCUCCUGGAUUUACUUUGACGGCUCGCACAGUCGCAGCUGGUCAUUCCUGGGAGGAACUGCAGAAGGACCUUGAUGGCUUGCUAUCUACAUGGAAAGGAAUAACUGAGCAUGCUCAAUCUGCUGCCUUGGCUGCUGAUGAGGGUGUGGAAGGUGCUGUUCCUGUAAUGUUGCACAGAGCGAAGGGUCAAACUUUAUCUGUUGUUCAAGACGAUUUUAAUGAAAAGGUCAAGAGGCUGGUUGUGGAUUCUCCUCGAACAUAUCAUGAGGUUACAAGCUAUCUUGAAGAAGUCGCACCUGAGCUCUACAGCCGAGUUGAGCUUUAUGAGAAAAGAAAACCUAUAUUUGAUGAAUACAACAUCGAGAAGGAGAUAGACAACAUCCUUUGUAAAAGGGUACCACUAAACAAUGGGGGUUCUCUGGUCAUAGAACAGACUGAAGCUCUGGUAUCAGUUGAUGUGAAUGGUGGUCACAGUAUGUUUGGUCAGGGAACUUCACAGGAGAAGGCUAUUUUAGAAGUUAAUCUUGAAGCUGCAAAGCAAAUUGCCCGUGAGUUGCGCUUGAGGGAUAUUGGUGGCAUUAUCAUUGUGGAUUUUAUCGAUAUGUCAGAUGAUUCAAACAAAAAACUAGUAUAUGAAGAAAUGAAGAAAGCAGUAGAAAAGGAUCGAUCAACAGUUGGUGUUUCAGAACUAUCAAAGCUAGGUUUGAUGGAAAUAACUAGAAAAAGGGUCCGACCAAGCGUUACUUUCAUGAUCAGUGAGCCAUGUACAUGCUGCCAUGGUACUGGUCGUGUGGAAGCUCUUGACACAUCGUUUUCAAAGAUCGAACGUGAAAUAUGUCGACGUCUUGCUGCCUCUCGACGAAAAUCAGACCCUGAGAAACCAAAAUCAUGGCCAAGGUUUCUGCUUAGAGUGGAUCAUGAGAUGUGCACGUAUUUGACGUCCGGAAAGAAGACAAAACUAGGACUCCUGAGUAGCUCCCUUAAAGUGUGGAUUUUGUUGAAGAUUGCCAGAGGUUUCUCCCGUGGCGCUUUUGAACUGCUACCGUACUCGGAGAAGGAAAACUACUCUAUGGAGAAAGAAACAUCAGAGUUGCCCCAAAAAGAGUCCAGGCCCAAGCUAUCUGUCUUUCCUAUCAAGAAGUGGAUGAGCCGGGCCAAGCGUGCUAAGUGAUUCUCUUUUAUUAGCAUGGGGCCUUCCUUUGUAUUCACAACUUAGAAUGAGUAAAGAUUCAGGAAGAGGAUCAUUCUUUUCGUUCAUGAAAUCUCAGCGUCGGAUAUCUAGAGAUCUCUCGACCAGCUUUUGUUUACAUUUUUUUAGGAAUUCAGACAAUUCCAUGUUUAGUUUAAUCCAGAAAAUUUUCAGCAAAAAUGUGACGAUAUAUAUAACUGUGCAAAUCUAGUACCCUUAAUAGUAGUAGAUCUCUUAAAUGGUUCUUAGUGUUACCAUAAGAUACAUAAUAUAUUUAUCAUGAGAAGACUACGAUUACUCUUUUAAGUUACUACAUUGUUAUGCUC